GUGGAUAUGAAAAGAAGUGUCAAAACACUUUUUUUUCUCACACAAUUACAAUUUGCAAAUAAUAAAAGUUCUCUAAAUUUCUAGAAAAAUUUAAAUUUUCUUUUUGUUUGCUUCAUGUUUAUUAUGAUCUUUUUUGAAUGCUAUGUUGCACAACGUCACCUUCACUAGCAGCGACUAACAACAAACCUCUACAAUGUCGUUGUAUUGUUGGGGCAAUACGGCACAUGGGGAAUUGGGUCUGGGUGGCAUCGAAGAUGAACAGAUCUUGACACCGCGAAAAAUGGAUUGGUCGCAAGCGUCUGAAGUCAUUCAUGCGUCGUGCGGAUUAAUGCAUACACUACUGUUGACCAAAUCGGGACGCCUGUAUUCGUGUGGAAACAAUGAUCAUGGUCAAUUGGGUCAUGAAUUGUCCAGGAAAAGGCCACGUAUGUUUACGUUUAAGUCCAUUCCGGCCCUGGAAAACUAUAAAAUUGUUCAAAUCGCCUGCGGUGUGGCCCAUUCAAUGGCUAUGGAUGAAUGGGGACAGGUUUACACGUGGGGUUCCAAUUCGCGUGGCCAGCUCGGCAAUGAUACCACCAAUUACGGACCAAAGCCCGUCAAAGCGCUAGCCACUAAACACAUCGUCCAGAUUGCAGCUGGACAAUAUCAUUGUCUUGUGCUAACGAACACUGGCGAAUUGUAUUCGUGGGGUGCGAAUGCUUAUGGACAAUUAGGCAUUGGAGCAGUGAGCGAAAUGUCCAAUUCACCGAUGCUAAUAACGUCAUUGGCUGGAGUGCCAAUAGCAUUUAUUACUUGUGGUGGAAAUCAUAGUUUUGCGGUAUCAAAAUCCGGCUCAGUCUUCGGAUGGGGCAAGAAUUUAUUCGGUCAACUCGGUGUAAAUGACAAUAUCGAUCGACCAUAUCCGACACAUUUGAAAACACUUCGAAGUCUCGGUGUUCGCUAUGUAGCUGCCGGUGAUGAUUUUUCUGUUUUUCUCACAUCGGACGGUCAAGUGUUUACAUCCGGUGCUGGAACAUAUGGCCAAUUGGGCCAUGGCAGUGUUCAAAAUGAUUAUUUACCGCGAAUGGUCGUUGAACUGAUGGGAACAAUUUGCACACAAAUAUCUACUGGACGACGACAUACUCUAACGUUUGUGCCUUCUCGUGGUCGUAUUUAUGGAUUCGGUUUGGGGUGUUCCGGUCAAUUGGGAAAUCGAUCGGCACAAAAUUCGUCUGUGCCGCAAGUGGUUGUAGGUCCAUGGGUAUCGCCAAGUGGUACGUCUUUAAUCGCUAAAGAUGCAGAACAACAGUCAACGGUGGUGCAUCAAAUUUUUUCGGGUGGCGAUCAUUCAUUCGUUUCGACCGUCAUUCAAAGCAACAGCAACGAGGCAGUCGAUUUCCGGAUAUACGAUCCGACCACACAAAUUGUAUGCUUUUCGGGACAAAUAGCCGAGUCCUGUUCGAAAAUCAGCAAAGACGAAACGAUUGACAUGGAUCUUAUGGCACAAGUGGAAGUUAUUUUCAAAAGUCAGGCCUGUUUCAAUGCAUCGUUCCUCGCCAACAAAACCGGCAACUUCAGUUGUACGCCGAAAUCGUCGGGAAUCGAUGUGACCGCAGCGGAGAAAGCAUUUUCGUGCAUCGCAAAAUUCGAGAAUGAUACGCUGAAGCAAAUCAUAUGGGACGGCGUUACAAUCGACCUGAUCAACUCACUGAAAUCGUCACCAGCCGACAUUGAAACGCUACGCAUUUACUUAAUCUUGCCGCUGUACCACGAAUUCGUCAACUCAAAACAUUACAAAACGCUGCACUCACCAUUCUGCAAAGCCGUACUCGCCCUGACCAAAAAUCCGCAAACAAUCGUGUUGCGAUGGUGGUGCAGCCAGUCGAAGGACUAUUACGAACGUUUGGUGGAGAUAUUCAAGGGCGUCGUUUCGUACAUCAUUGAUUACAAUGUAAAAGUGUUUGGUGCGAAGCCACGAAUUCAGUACGAUGCGUAUUUGGAGUUGUCGUUGAAUGUGAUGAGAUUAUUGUUUGCGGCCAAUACCCAAUCGGAGAAGGUGCCUUAUAGUGUAUUCACCAUACCUGAACUGACAGAAAACAUAGACUUACGAUCGGACUACGUCAGCUGGUUAAUGGACAAAAGUCCAAUGAACUUUUACCUCUGCAACUAUCCGUUCUUAUUCGAUGCCAAAGCGAAAACAUUGCUGCUGGAAACUGACCAAUCCAUUCAAAUGGGUAUGGCGAUGCACAAUGCAGCAGCCAAUUCGGCAUUAAGUUCACUACUUCAUUUGAAUGUCAAUGCAUCACCGUUUGUGGUGCUACAAGUCUCGCGUUUAAAUUUGGUCGAGGAUACAAUCAAAGAGAUCCAACUGUGCAGCAAAGGCGAUCUCAAAAAACCAUUGAAAGUUAAAUUCCACGGCGAGGAGGCUGAAGAUGCUGGUGGUGUCCGGAAAGAGUUCUUCAUGCUUUUGCUCAAAGACUUACUGGAUCCCAAGUAUGGCAUGUUCAAGGAAUAUGAAGACUCACGCGCCAUCUGGUUUUCCGACCAUUCGUUCGAAGACGAUCAAAUGUACAAUCUGAUCGGAACGUUGUGUGGCCUGGCCAUCUACAAUUUCACGAUCAUCAAUCUGCCGUUUCCGUUGUGUUUGUAUAAGAAAUUGUUGAACGAUGCGGUUGAUCUGGCGGAUCUACGUGAUCUGUCGCCGGUGCUUGCCAAUUCGAUGCAAAGUAUUUUGGACUAUCAGGAAAGCGAUAUGGAGUCGGUGUUCGGGCUGCAUUUUGAAAUAACACGAGAAAUAUUCGGCGAAACGCAACAGGUUCUGCUGCGACCGAAUGGUGAUAAAAUUCCAGUUACUCAAGACAACAAAACCGAUUUUGUGACGAGUUACAUCGACUACGUAAUGAAUGUUUCAGUCGAAAAACAAUUUGCCGGAUUUCGGGACGGUUUUAUGAAAGUAUGCGGCGGACGCGUCUUAGAACUGUUCCAACCGGCUGAACUGAUGGCUGUGGUAAUAGGAAACGAAGACUACGAUUGGCAUGCAUUAGAAUCUGAAGCCGAUUACAAAAAUGGAUAUUCGUCCAGCGAUCAAGUGAUUCGAUGGUUUUGGGAGGUGUUCCACGAGCUGCCACUGAGCGAAAAGAAAAAAUUCCUGCUCUAUCUGACUGGCAGCGAUCGCAUUCCCAUACAGGGAAUGAAGGCCAUCAAAAUUGUUUUCCAACCGACCAACGACGAAAAGUUUCUUCCAGUCGCCCACACAUGCUUUAAUCUGUUAGAUCUGCCUAGAUAUGGAACGAAAGAGCGUCUCAAAUACAAACUGUGCCAGGCAAUUCAACAGACCCAAGGAUUUAGUCUGGUUUAACCGGGAAGAACCAUUUUUUUCUUGUUUCACGUUAUGUUUAGUUGGUUCAAUAUCAUGAAUCAGUGAGUGGGGGGAUGGGGGUACCAAUACCCAAUAUAUCUGUGACACGGAAAUUAUGAAAUAAAUUGUUGGUUUUUUCUCA